AUGUAAAGGAAAGAACUUGAGAAGCAUCUGAAGGAGAUUAAAGAGGAAUUAAAUUAACUGAUACCAAAUUAUCUAGAUGAAGGAAUAUUGAUUUACUAAGUGAGUGCAUGAAAUAUUUCAUAGAUUGGUAGCAAAGUUCAAAUUGAAUUAUCAGAAGAAUUCAAUAUUCAAUAAGAUUUUGAAUUGAAUUUUAAGUCAGUAUUUUUAGAAUUCAUUUUCAAUUUACAGAAACAGAAAAUGAUUUAAAAACAGAUAUUCAAUCCACCAAAAUCAAUUAGUGAUUUAUUUCUAGGUAGCUAUUUUAAUUUAGAUGAUGUGCCAAAGAUUCAUAGACAUCCUAUCUUAAAGAAUAUAAUCGAUCAUAUAAAUUAGCGUAUAAAUCAUUUCUUUCAAAAUCAAAUAUCAACAUUGAAAUUUUUGAUUGAUUAACAAAAAUUAAUUGAUUCUUAUAUUACAAGAUCAUCACCAAUUGUUAUUGAUAUAGAAAUUGAUUCAAAUUUAAAAACUCCAGAGGAGUAAUAAUAGAAAGUAUUAAAACAAGAAUUAGAAUUGAUUCAACUAGCAUAAUAUCAAAAUCCAACUUAAGAGCAAUUGAAUUGUCCAUAUUGUGUUUGUAAGAAGAGCAAUUAGACUGUAUUGAAACAAUUAGCAUUGAGAUGUGCGAUUUGUAAAAACUAUUUUCAUAGUUCAUGUUUACGGAUUGAGAAACCUAAAAAAGUGUUUGUAUGUCCAGAAUGUAUACUAAUUGGAAUAGAUCCAUUACAUGAAUUAAAAGAGUCAAUUUUAGAUCCUGUAAUAUUUUAAUCAGUAGAAGGGAUGGCAAAUUAAUUUACAUAAAAAUUUUAGAUGAAAAAUAGAUUACCAUCAGAGCAAUUAAUAGAAUUAAGAUCUAUUAAGAUAGAUGGAUAAUAUGAAGAUAUUUCAUGGCCUGAUUUAGGAGAUUUAUAGUUGAAUGGGAAAAAGCUUCUAGAUUUUAGGCCUUUAGCUAAUAAUAGUUCUUUGAAAAAAAGAAAGGAUGAAAAAUUGAUGCUUAACCUUGAAUAUGGACAAGUUAAUAUUCUAACAAUUAGAGAAUUAAAUGGAACAUCAGAAAUGAAAGCUUAUCGAAUAAAUUAAGGAAUUCCUUAUAUGUUAGGAAUAUUCCAAGUCAAAGUUUAUAAAUUAAGUGAAUUUAUUAAAAAAGUCAAAAUGGAUUAAAGUUGUUUAUUAGGAAUAGAAUAAAGCAAGAAAUUUAUUCAAUUGUCAUUUUUAUAAAAUUAAUUUGAUGAAGUGACAAUGGAGAGUAUUAAGGUUAGUUUGGAUUGUGUCUAUGAUCUAAAUUAAAUCUAGACUCCAGCAAGAGGCAAUAUUUGUGAACAUAUUUAGUGUUUUUCAUUAGAAAAUUUAGUAACUAUGAUGAAGAAUGUUACUCCUAGAAAAUGGAAAUGUCCAAUUUGUAAACAGAUGAUUCUUGGAUUGUAGGUUGAUGCAUAUUAAAUGUGCAUUCUUACAAUAAUCAAGUAAUACAAUCUGAAAAUAAAUGAAGUUUCAUUUAAUUAGUUUGUAAGCUGAGUGCUUAAUUCUUUAGGGCGAAGUAGAAAAUCCUGAAUUGAGAGAAUUAUUGAAAUAACAAGAAUCCACUCUUCCAGACUCUACUCGUAGCAAUAAUAAUCGAGUUAUUCAAUUAGAAUAGAUCUCACAACGAAUUUUAAAAAUCUCCAAUCAAGUUGUAGCAGAACCCAAAAAUAAAUAUAAACCACCACCUCCAUUACCAGAACCAAAACCAAUUAAAAAAAUAGGUAAUUCAUUUUGUGAUGCUAUUCUCAUUGAUUGA